UUGACCCACGAAGCCGGCCUGCAGUGAGCUGUGGGCUCUGGUCCGUGGAUAAUCAGAGGAGAUGGAGGAGUUUUUCCAGGACAGCGAGAUAUUCGUGACGGGCGGAUCGGGAGUGGUGGGCAAGGCGCUGAUCGAGAAGCUGCUGCGCUCCUGCAAUGUCCGCCGCAUCUACGUGCUGCUGCGUCCUCGCCGGCAGCUGUCGGCCCAGGAGAGACUCCUUCGCCUGCGCCAGGCGACGGUCUUCCAUGUGCUGGCCGUGCAGAAGCCACAGCAGCUGGACAAAAUAGUGGCGGUGCCGGGGGACGUCUCACUGCCGGGGCUGGGCAUCGAUCCAGCGAUGGUGGAGCGCAUGCGAGGCGUUUCCCUGGUCUACCACUGUGCCGCCACGGUGCGGUUCGAUGAGCCGCUCCGGGUGGCACUCCGCCUGAACGUCGGCGGCACCUUGGAGGCGCUGAAGUUCGCCGAGAACCUACCCCAGUUGCGGGCCUUUGUCCAUGUGUCCACUUUCUACAGCAAUCCCUAUUUGAAGCGGGUGGAGCCCAAGUACUACUCCUCGCCCAUGGACUGGCGACUUUGCCUUCGCCUGCUCGAUGAAGUUCCAGACGAUCGAAUGCUCAACGCGCUCACAAAAAAGUUGAUCGUGGGCUUCCCCAACACGUACACAUUUACCAAGAACCUGGCUGAGUCCCUGGUAAAUGACUACCGCCACCGCCUGCCGCUGAUAGUGUACCGGCCAUCCAUAGUACUGUUUGCGGUGGACGAUCCUUCGCCUGGUUUCUCGCCCUCCUUGAUGGGCGCCAUGGGUCUGUUCGCUCUGGUGGGCGCUGGAAUCCUGAAGACCGUGUACCUGGGCAGGGACAUCCGACUGGACAUCACGCCGCAGGACAUCGGCAUCAAGAGCAUGCUGUGCUACACGAAGCGUGGAUCCGAGAUCUAUAAGCGGGGUACGCCGGAGGAGCUGCCCGUCUACCUGUCCUCAUCCUGUACCCACGUGCCGCACACCUUCACCGCGAUCGCCGAGCAGAUGGACACGCUGGACCUGUGGCGGGACGUGGCCUUUGAAAAGAACCUGAUGAUACCAGGCUGCCACUACACGGACAGGCGGUGGGUCUACCAGUUCCUCGUCUUCACCAAGCAGAUUCUGCCGGCCAUGCUCAUCGAUCUGCUGCUGAGGAUCUUCGGUCAGAAGCCCGUGCUGAUGAGUGCAGUGCGCAAGGCCUACCAGACGCUGGAGGUGAUGCAGCCCUUUAUGUUCAAUAACUACGACAGUCCCGGGCUCACGGACAUGGAGUCGCUGGCCAAGGAGAACGAGGGCACCGCUUUCCACUUGGAUGCCUUCAACCAUCCGGAUAUCCAUGGCCUGGUCAUUCAAUCCUGCGGGGAAAUGCUCCUCAGCAUCCGAACGCACUUGCUGCGCGAGGAUCCAAAAACACUGGGGCGCUCUAAGAUUGUCCUGAGAACUAAGGUAAUACUCUACCGGCUGUUCCGCCUCUUCUUGCUCUACAAGAUCGUCUCAUGGGUCUGGAAAAGCUAUGUGUCGCACCUCUUCUAGCUCACUUUUUUUUUACAAUACUAUUAUCUUUAUAUAAUUAUUUUUUUUGUAAUCCAAGUAGUGUUGAACUUAAGGUCAGCUCAUUAAUGGCAAAUAAAGUUCUGACCAGUCAGUCCUUUUAAAAAUAUUGUCACUUUCUAAAUUAUGGAAGAUCAUAGGGAUCUCCGCCGGAAUAUAGCUGAAGAGGAGGAGGGAAAUGAGGAAAUGGCGACACCCGCGAACCAUCAGAAAAGUAACCCUAUUAUGAUCAUCCUGAAGCUGGUUCUUCGGUCAAUCCGGUGGCUGUUGUGGCCCAGCGCGAUACAUAAGUUCCUGUUCAAGUGCUGGCUGUCGGUGGUGGUGAUUGUCGUCUUCUCCAUGCUCUUCGACGAGUACCAGGAGCGCACCAUCGGGUGUCCCGUCGCAAACGAUUCCUGGCAGGUCUGGCUAAAGGAACUCCUGGCGGAGCUGCGCUCCCAUUUGCUGGAGGACUGCACACGCAAGAAGCGGUCGUUCUUCCUGCCAAGACCCAAGCCCGAGGACUGCAAGUGGUGUUUGCUAACCCGAUUUCUUUAAAAAUCUACCCUAGGACCCCUAUACCCAGAUUUCAUAUCCCACAUUUUUCUUUAUUUUACAAAGUUUAGGCUUAAGACAAGGGCUCUUAAGACAAGGGUCUAUCUUAUUUUGUUUUUAAUUAUAAUUUAUUCCUCUAACGAACGAACGAAAUUUAUGUUUCCAAUUCAAUUACAAAAAACAAACAGAAUGCUAAACAUAUGAGCUGAAACAUGGCUUACCUGUUUCAUAAACUUCUCAAGGGUUGAAUAUCUAUCGACCUACCUACCCAAAUUAAAAAGUAUCGCAUUUCAAGGCAACUAAUGAUAUAUGAAUCCUCCACUAAUCAUGAAAUCCUUACACGGGGUGUUAGCUUGCUCACCUGACUCUGUGACACAUUGUUGCUCUGGCGAAGGGAUCCAUACCGCUUGAUAACGCCAGAUCCCGAAAUGGAUCGGUUGAGGUCGUUCCUGGAGCUCACAUAGUCGGGCAGGUUGUGCAGCGAGCCCUGGAGAGAGAAACACAGUUAUAGUCAAUGGAUAGCCCCAGAUCUCUGGAUAUAGGCUACACACCUGGUAGAGAGCAUCCGGGCGGUACAUGGUGCCACUGGCACUCCGCUCGCGGUGGGCAUCCCUAAGAGGGGUCAGCUGCAGCUGGCUGUGGCACUUGCGGGCGAUGUCAUCGUUGCUGGUGCUCUUCACCACCGCCUGCGGUGGGGUCAUCAGUGUGGGUCCCUGCCCAUUGACGGCGCCGUUCGAGUUGUUGUUCUAAUCACAAGUUAUAGCUAUAGUUACAGCCAUUAAAGGGGCAAGAUAA